AUGGCGAGCUCACAACCUCAAGCAUCUUCGGCACCGGUGGGGGAAACAGUUUCACCACCCGUCAUGCCAAAUACAGGAGAAAUGCCACAAACACCUGCCAACUGGGUUUCUUAUGUUCAGCAAUUGAACAACCAGUAUAAUUUAGCCAUUCAGAAUAUGUUGCGUGAGCAAAAAAUGUUGCGGGAGCAACAAAACCUUAUGCAAAAUACGUUAAAUCGGGCGUUAUCAAAGGUUACUUUGCAACCCAUCCAGACGCCACCAGAACUAUCACCAUCCAGGUUACAGGCAAAUUUUGUGGGGCCUUCAUAUGUGGACAACACUUUUACAAGUGUUAUUGCCCCGAGGGUUGACAGAGGGAAGACUCCUCUUACAUACCCGAAUAAUAUUCCGUUGGGUGUUAGGACCGAGCCUACCGACCUCAGGGGGGAAAGAUUGGGAGGCCAGGCUCACAAUCCCAUUCAAGUAUUGGACCCUGUCCCACCCAGAGUAGACCCAGAGGACAUUGCUCAGGUCUUGAGAGUACAUUUUGGAAUGAACCCCCAGAAGGUCAACAGACCUGCGUACCAGAGGCCGUUUCCAGAAAGAAUUAUCAACGAGCAUCCGCUUCCAAGGAAUUACAGACCACCCGAUUUUCAUUCAUUUUCCGGAGAAGAUGGGGCAUCAACCAUUGAGCAUGAUCGCUUUUCAUGGUUUACAAAUUUGCCACCCGGGCAGUUGCAAACUUGGGAAGGUCUGGAGGCCACAUUCCAUGCAAGAUUUUUUAAUCCCCUCCCAACGGUCUCACUCACAUAUCUUUUAGAGAUCCGACAGAUGCCAGAAGAGACUGCGUAUCAGUUUAUUGAACGGGUACGACUAAUGAAAGGCCGAUGCCCGACAAUCAUUGAAGAAAGUGAAAUGACCAAUUUGGUGGUUAGGAACAUGCAUUCCAGACUUCGGGAAGCAUUGACAGCCCAUGAAGUUCAGGACUUGGCUAGCCUGGCUUCCAAAGCAGGGAGAUUGGAGUCUUUAUUUAGAGAAAAAGAACACAAUUUCCGCCGGAACAGGGUACAACAAAUGGCUAGUGUCGAUACAGAAAUUUAUUCGCCAGAUGAAGAGCAAAGAAAUAUCAUUGAAGAGAUGACGGCUGAAAUUGUGAGUGGCAAACCGUACGUGUGUUCGAAACUAAAGCCUUUGCCAGGAACAGAGGAGAGGGAACAGCCGACCUUCGAUGUAUCCAAGGCCGACGAGAUUUUCGAUAUUCUGUUGGCAGAUAGGCAGAUCCGCAUUCCUAAAGGGCAGCGUUUGGCAACGAAGGAAGAAAUAAAGGGAAGGCCAUACUGCAAAUGGCAUAAUUCCUUUACUCAUUACACUAAUCAAUGCACACAUUUCUGA